UCAACUGAAACCUGGCAAGUUGAUCGACAGCGAAUAGACCCAGACAGUGCAGCUUCUUUACAACGUCUAAACGAUGAUCCAGAGGAUGAAGAUAGAUUUUUUUACACAAAAGAUAAAAUUAAAAGGAAGUAUGGAGAUAUGGAUGGUAAUGCAAUUUUAUUAAAAUUAGAGAAGGUGCCUCGAGGUGGUCUCGGUUUAUCGCUUGCUGCCAGUCGCGAACGUGAUAGGCCUACUGUUGUGGUGGUUGCUGUUCGUUCAACUUGCCCACUGCCUGUGGAAGUAAACGGACAAGUUCUCCUCGGCCUUUCUCAUUUAAACGCAUCCACUCGAAUUCGGGAAUGUAGCGAAUCCGGAUAUCUAAGCUUAAUACUGCUUCGCCGUUUUCGUGCCUUAGUACGUUUUGUAGAAAAUUUGCCUUCUUGUUAUUUCAUUUUUUUUUUCUUAUUGUUGAGCAACUAA